AUGUCCUCCCAAACACAGCCCCCACUCUCUGACCCGCCAUGGCUCAUGGGCCUCCCUUCUCCCUACUACACCGACAGCCACCGACGCUGGCAAAAAGCCUGUCGCGCCUUCAUCGAGGAGAAUCUAAUUAAAAAUGCCAUGGCCUGGGAGACCGAAGAGACGCUGCCAGGGGACGUAUGGGAGAAGUUCACAGCGGCGAACAUGUUGAUACCGUCAAUGCCCGCGCCGCUGCCUGUGGAGUGGCUUAAGAAACUGGGGAUACAGGACAUCCUGGGCGCGGUCAAGGUCGAGGAGUUCGACUAUACACAUAACGCUAUCUAUACGGACGAGAUGGCACGGUCAGGCUUAGCUGGCCCCUCCGGCUCUCUAACCACCGGCGUCUCGUUUGGAAUCCCUCCACUGCUGAAGUUUGGAAACAAGCAGCUGCAGGAGCGAUUCAUGCCUGAGCUGCUGCGUGGAGAGAAGCGGAUCUGUAUCGCCAUCACGGAGCCGAGCGCCGGCAGUGAUGUAGCAAAUAUCCAGACUACCGCCGUCAAGUCGGAAGACGGGAAGCACUACAUUGUCAAUGGGACGAAAAAAUGGAUAACCAACGGCAUCUGGUCCCACUAUGCCACCAUGGCGGUCCGCACUGGCGGCCUUGGCGCCAGCGGCCUCUCCCUCCUCCUCGUGCCUCUCCUCAACUAUCCGGGCGUGAGCAUGCGCCGUCUCAAAGUCGGUGGGCAGAUCUCAGCCGGCACGACUUUCAUCGAGCUCGAUGACGUCGCCGUCCCCGUCGAAAACCUGAUCGGCGUCGAGGGUAUGGGUAUGAGAUACAUCAUGACCAACUUCAAUCACGAGCGGCUGCAGAUCGCAAUCGGGGCGACACGACAAGCUCGGGUUGCGCUGUCCGCUGCUUUCGAAUAUGUUAUGAAGAGGGAGGCGUUUGGGAAGGCGCUGAUCGAGCAGCCGGUGGUGAGGCAUCGGUUGGCGAAGGCUGGGGCGCUGCUUGAGAGCCUGCAGGCUUGGGUCGAGCAGUUUGUAUAUCAGAUGACGAAGCUGACGAAGGAGGAGGCGGACGUUGAGUUGGGCGGGUUGACGGCGCUGGCGAAGGCACAGGCGGGGAUUGUGCUCAGCGAAUGCGCGCAGUGCGCGGUACUGUUAUUUGGGGGGAAUGGGUUUACGAGGACUGGACAGGGAGAGAUUGCUGAGAAGAUUUAUAGAGAGGUGAACGGCGUAAGGGUACCCGGCGGGUCGGAAGAUGUGAUGCUCGACCUCGCGAUACGCCAACUCGUGAAGAAUUUCAAGAACAAGACGAAGAUGCUGGAGCGUCCAAGAGGCUCGUCGAAGCUUUAG